ACCGACUACAGUAGCAUGUUUUCUGUGCAACAGUGCAAGCAGAAAUGGUUGAGUCGUAGAACGCUAUGAAAUGUUGGGUGAAGUUUUGACGAAGAUUCUGUGAAACUUCUAGCUUUUUGGACUAUUUUGAAGAUAAAGCGGCCUGCCUCAUGUAUGUAAUCGCAGUGUUGGACCGCUAUCAUGUUGAAAGAACCAGGAUUCAUUCAACCAACUACUGGAGAAACCGCAGAGCGGAAAGCACAGAGGUCGCAUCCUAUUUCUGCCAAAAAAAGGUGUGCAAGAAAUUUCCAAAUUUGACAUGCUUUUUUAGACGUCGUUUUGGUCCAUUCCUAUCUCCACCUGCCUACCCUUAGUGUUGGUAGAACCCUCCUCUCUUGGGGACAUCACCAUGGCUGCAAAUGUUGUUAAGGCACAUUGUGUGUCUCUUGCUGCUCCUAAACCGCUGGCAUCAGAUUCCUCCACCCGGAAGUCGCGAACGGCAGGUCAUUCACAUCGCAAAGACUCUCCCUCGCCCUCCUCGUGCUCCACCUUUUAUGCCUUUGAGACGGUUUCUGCAUUCUGGGGUGCGAAUGACGGUAGACCACCCAUCCCACGGACGCUGAAUGGGAUCCAGGCCCACCACAGUAAUCGUUCCCGCCAAAGUUUUGAUCUUCAUCCACCAAGGAUUCGCUCAUGUGCUGAAAGUAGCAGGCAAGGCCAUGCCUUGUGCUCACGCGUGUCGCCACACUCACAUUUCAUCCUGGGACAGAAUGCCCUGAUAAUAGUGAGUGAGACAUGGAACAGCCAGGGACCGGCAAAGAGGUGGCGUCAAGCUCUGCCAGGAUCUCUGAGUUCACCCUCUCCAGGUCGGAGACAGAGUUACCGCCUUUCUGCUCCAUCCCUUCCAAAUCGCCCCCAUUUAGUAGCGACCUCCCUUCGCACUCUAAUAGUUGCUCCCAAACCGCUCAGAUUGCUCUCAAGAUCGGAGUUCCGGUCGACCAGACGAACGAAAUUAACAGCCUCUGAUGCGUCCUUACACUUGACGAAAUCGCAAUUGACGUCUACAUUCGUUGGGCGAUCAUUGGUUUCUUUACCCAAUAGGCCAAGAGGCCGGGCCCAAAGCUUGCUUCGUCUUACUUCUAUGGCCUCCCUGGCUGGAACAGGAAGCUUGGGGACAUGGCCACAUGACCACUCACAGCAGGGGGGACCGUUUCCGACGCCGAGCGAAACUGAGCACUUAAUACCCUCUGAAAGAUCUGACGCGAAUAUGGGAGGCCAAGAGAAUGGAGGACAGGUGAUGAGUCGGAGGCGGAAACGUCUGAUUGCAGGCAUCGAUCAAAGUGAACUAUUUCAGCCUGCGGAUUUGGCUGAGCCGGAUAGCCGCUUUGUGGACUUUUUGGGCGUCAAGCUGCACUACAAACUGGCAGCUCCCGAUGGAGGAGGAGGUGGAGGAGACAGCCCUCCUGCUGGCCAUCGGGUGGAGCCCUCUGCCUCAACGAUCACCUCGUGGUUUGACGAUGUACAGAUUGUUGUUGAUGGCAGGGGUCAUGGGAAUAAAGAAGAGGAGGGGCGAGGGGAGACUCAGAGCGGUGCCAACUUAGGAAACACAUUAUCUCGGGAGUCAAUGGGAUCGACAGAUUCGACAACUGCAGGAGGCGGACCAAAUACAGCUGCAGUGCUGCUGCAUGGAUUCGGGGCGUCGAUUUAUUCGUGGCAGAAAGUCUUGCACCCAAUUGCCCAGAUGGUAAAGGCACCUGCUUUGGCAUUUGACCGGCCGGCAUUUGGUCUGACAGCCCGGGUUUUCCCUCCCGUGGACACGAACAACGCCGAUGAUCUCAGUUCUGCCCCGUAUUCAACAGCCUUCUCCGCCGUGGCCACUUGGGCCCUUGCAUCCAAACUGCUUCUGGCCCAAAAAUCUGUUCUUAUCGCUCACUCUGCAGGUUCGCUCGUGGCCCUUGAUGCCUACUUCCGUGCACCAGAGCUAUUUGCAGCCAUCGUCCUUGUUGCACCAGCACUCCUGAUAACAGGGUCCACUCGGAGACAACAACCUCCUCCUCCUGCAUCAACUGCAGCCUCUCCACUUGCUGGUGGGCACUCAGAGUCCACGAGUCAACUGCUUGCAAAUCAAGAAGUCCACCCUAUUGCUGGGACUGGUGAUUGCGCCUCUGGGGGAGAUGGUGCUGUUAUGCAGAGCGCAAAUAGGACAAGCAGAGGCCCAGUGAAGGAGUGUUUUCACAUGCUGCUGGUGUGCAUUACUUGUGUAAUGGCGGUGUUUAUGACAUUAUGUAAGUGGAUAUGCGGUUCGAUCUCCCGGGCUUCUAUAAGGCUCCUGCUGGUGACCUUGCGCUCAGCUUUUGGGCUCUGGCUGGUCCGUUUUGCAGUGGAUAAGUUUGGAGAUUAUGCUGUGAAGACGGCGUGGCAUGAUGUGAGUGCAUGUGAUGAAGAUGUCCUGGCCAACUACAAGAAGCCUUUGAAGUGCCAGGAUUGGGAUAAAGCGCUGGUCGAAUUCGCUGCCAGUCUGAUGGCGAUCCAAAAGGAGGAGGUUCCCCCUCUCCAGCGGCGGCUUCAAAACAUCAAAUGCCCAGUGCUUGUUAUAAGUGGUGACGACGACAGAAUUGUUCCGGAGUGGAAUUCAAGGCGUGUGGCAGAAACUAUUCCUCUUGCACAGUAUCGUUUGCUGGCAGAUUGUGGCCAUUGUCCGCAAGAGGAGAAGCCACAAGAAUUCCUUUCUUUGCUACAGGCCUUCUUCAAAGAGAAGCUGAAUAUUCCACCGGACGUACCGGGCGACAAGCCGCCGCCGCAGCAGCAGGACCACCUGGGCGGUUGACCUCAGGUUACCUACACUAAGUCUUGAUGCUCUCCAACUUGAAGACCUUCCUCCUAGAGUAGAAAAAAAUGCCUCAUUCCGUUCCGACGCAGACGUUCUCUCAGUCUCGAAGAAAGUGCAAACGUUUUUUUCUCAAAGACCGAAGGAAGACACACUCCAUACAGAAAAAAAAACGUUUGCAAUGUGUACAGGAAGAAGAAAUGGCCUCCAAGAAUUACGGCAGCGAUCCCCGCUCUGACUCUGCAGCUGGUGCAUCUGUCUCACAUGCACUUGGCCAACUCUUCGGAACAAAAACGUUCGUUGAGC